UAGCUCCGCCCCCAAAUGCUCCCCGCCCCAGGGGCGACAGACAAUCGGCCAAUUGGGCUGCGAGGAACCCCGCUACGCCCCCAUCUUGGUUCUUAUUGGCCUCUUCGAGACUGCCCCGUCUCGGAUUGGCUGCGUUCUCGGGUCAGCCUGUGGAAAGACCGACUGGCCCGAGGGCGUCGGGGCUUUGGGGGUCUAGGGGUCGGUUGGGAUUGCUCGGAAGCCUCAGCUCUGGGGACAUGGGGACACUCCUGGGGGCGCUGCUUGUGGCGGAGAGAAAACAAUGGCGACAUCUGCCUAGCCUGCUGCUGCCGGGGAAGAAGUAACAUCAACAAAGUCCUUAUUGCGAAUAGAGGAGAAAUUGCUUGCAGAGUGAUACGGACAGCCAGGAAAAUGGGCGUACAGUCAGUGGCUGUGUACAGUGAGGCCGACCGGAACGCCAUGCACGUGGAGAUGGCAGAUGAAGCAUAUUCCAUUGGCCCAGCUGCCUCACAGCAGAGUUACCUUUCCAUGGAAAAAAUCAUUCAAGUGGCCAAGGUUUCAGCAUCACAGGCUAUUCAUCCAGGGUAUGGUUUCCUCUCGGAAAACACCGAGUUUGCAGAGUUGUGUAAACAAGAGGGAAUCAUUUUCAUAGGGCCCCCUUCAUCUGCUAUCAGAGAUAUGGGAAUUAAGAGCACAUCCAAAACAAUCAUGUCUGCUGCUGGGGUUCCUGUUAUUGAAGGUUACCAUGGGGAAGAUCAAUCAGAUCAGUGCCUAAAGGAACACGCUGGAAGAAUUGGUUACCCAGUCAUGAUUAAAGCAAUUCGUGGUGGAGGUGGAAAAGGCAUGAGGAUAGCUAGAUCAGAAGAAGAGUUUCAAGAACAGUUAGAAUCAGCGAGGAGAGAAGCCAAGAAGUCUUUCAAUGAUGAUGCCAUGCUGCUAGAGAAGUUUGUGGACACCCCAAGGCACGUGGAAGUCCAAGUGUUUGGUGACCAGCAUGGCAAUGCCGUGUAUUUGUUUGAGAGAGACUGCAGUGUGCAGAGAAGAUACCAAAAGAUCAUCGAGGAGGCCCCAGGGCCUGGAAUCGAUCCCGAAAUAAGAAGGAGACUUGGGGAAGCCGCAGUGAAAGCUGCAAAGGCUGUUAAUUAUGUGGGUGCAGGAACUGUGGAGUUCAUCAUGGACUCGAACCACAACUUCUACUUCAUGGAGAUGAAUACAAGGUUGCAGGUGGAGCAUCCUGUUACCGAGAUGGUCACAGGGACUGACUUGGUGGAAUGGCAGCUGCGGAUUGCUUCUGGAGAGAAGCUCCCUUUGAGUCAGGAAGAAAUAAGAUUGAAAGGCCAUGCCUUUGAAGCGAGAAUAUAUGCAGAAGAUCCUCAGGAUAAUUUCAUGCCUGGGGCGGGACCCCUCGUACACUUGUCUACACCACCCCCAGGACCUAGUGUUAGGAUUGAAACUGGAGUCAGGCAAGGUGAUGAAGUUUCAGUGCACUAUGACCCCAUGAUUGCGAAACUUGUUGUCUGGGCUGCCGACCGCCAAGCAGCAUUGAAGAAGCUUCGGUACAGCCUUCACCAGUACAGCAUCACAGGCUUGAACACCAACAUCGACUUCUUACUGAGUCUCUCCAGACACCCCGAGUUUGAAGCUGGCAACGUGCACACAGACUUUAUCCCACAACAUUACCAUGACCUGCUCCCCCCUCCGAGUGCCACGGCCAAAGAGGUUUUAUGUCAAGCUGUGCUGGGACUCCUCCUCCAGGAGAAAGUUGUGACCAAUGCUUUCAGACUUCAGACAGAGGAUCAGGUCUCACCUUUUGCGUCCAGUAGUGGAAGAAGAUUAAAUUUCUCUCACACUAGAAACAUGACUCUUCAGGAUGGGAAAAACAAGGUGGCCAUCGCUGUAAAGUACAAUCGGGACGGGUCGUACAGCAUGCAGAUUGAAGAUAAAACUUUCGAAGUCCUCGGUGACCUUUGUAAUGAAGGAGACUGCACAUACCUGAAAUGUUCCGUUAAUGGUAUUGUUAGUAAACCUAAACUGAUUAUCUCGGAGAGCACCAUCUACCUGUUUUCCAUGGGAGGCAGUGCUCAGAUUGGCAUCCCAGUGCCUAAAUACUUAUCUUCAGCACAUACUGAAGGAGUACAGGGGAGUGCCCUUGCACCGAUGACUGGGACAAUUGAGAAGGUAUUUGUGAAAGCCGGAGACAGAGUAAAGACUGGUGACAUCUUGAUGGUUAUGAUAGCUAUGAAAAUGGAGCAUACAAUUAAGUCCCCAAAGGACGGCACAAUCAAGAAAGUUCUCUUCAAAGAAGGUUCUCAGGCCUGCAGACAUGCUUCAUUAAUUGAGUUUGUGGAAGAGGAAUCGGAUGAAGCCUAAUCCAAAUUGAAUCCAGGCAGGAGAUCUGAUGCUAAAUAAUUUCUUGCUUGUCUGCACCAAAUACCAAGUGCCUUCCUGCUUCCCUAGGAGCUGUGACGAGUGCGCUUUUAUCCAUCGACAGUUUGGUUUCCGUUGUUCUUUUAUAAUGAAAAUCAUGCAGUUGGGCCUUCAACAUUAUAAGCUGACAUAAAAUGUUUUAAAUUAAUAAAAAUUAAACUAAAUUUAUAUAAACAGGAAGGGAAACGGCUUCACAUUUUUCAUUUUGUAGACUUUUGAGGGAGGGAAGGAGGCAGGUCAUGAUGGAAAGAAACUGGGUGAAAGUAAAGUGCUGUCCUUCCAAAUUGUCAGACUGCAAGUAGACAGCUUCAGACCCUUCCAAACGUUAGGUGGCUUCUGUCUGGCUCACUCACGGUCAUAUUCUCGCCAUGGGAUAGCUGCUUGUUUAUAUGAAAGAUAGGGUGAUUUAUUUUCUGUAUUUGUGAUUUGGGGGCUUCCAUUCAGGCAUCCUAGCUUUCCCUUACUCAUUGCACUUUGUGUUUCUUAAAAUACAAAUACUUAUAUUUGAAUGGAUUUUGGAUCUGGGUGCACAGAUGCCAGGCCAGAUCCCAAACCCUUGCCAUUGCCCCAUUGCCCAAUAAUUUUUCCACUUUACAAUCUCAUGUUUGAUUUUGGAGUAUUUCAAAACAGAAAAAAUGGUAAAAUAUUAUUUCUAAUUUAAUUGUUUAAUCAGCGACUAAUAAAAAAAAAUAUAUAUAUAUAUAUAUAUAUAUAUAUAUAUUUGUAUUAAGGAAGAAUCUGAGAAAUACUGGAUUAGGAGACUGGAGAUCUGGUCUAGUCCUGAAUCUGCCACUGCCAUCUCACUGAUUUCUCUGAGUCUCGGGUUCCUGUCUCCAAAAUGAAAGGGCUAGAUUAAUGAUUUCUGAGGUCCCUCCCAAUGCUCAUAUUCCUUCGUUUUUGUGCUUUGCAUCUUUAUGAAUGAUCUCGUUUUGUCUGCAUCAUUGGCCAAAGUGAACUUUCUGUUUUUCCUGAUUCCUGGACAUUUUACACGUAACAUUUUCUGUUUGUUAUGCAGUAACUUUAUAAGAAGUUGACUGAAUCUGGGGGGCGGGGCAUGGUAAGCUAUUAAAUAUUAUAAAUAUA